UAAUAAUAUAAAGGGUUGAAGAAGAGACAGCUCAGAGGUCGAUGGAUUGGAUUCAAUUGAAUUGAAUUGAAUACAGAGGAGAACUGGAGAAAGAUGGGAUCUGAGAGAGAGAGAGAGAGAGAGAAUCGUAACUCCAAAACUUCUACCAGUCGCAUCGAAGCUUAAAGCAAAUCAGGAGCUUUGGAGAAGAAGAAGAAGUUGAUGAUUUCUUCCUACUCGUAGUUCUCUUUAGUUGUUACUCUUUAGUAGUUUCAUCAUCUCUCCUAAAGAGAAAAGUGUCCGAUGUCGCAGAGAUGGAGCAGCAGAAAGAAGAGUCGGCUUCCACUAGCUGGUCUUCUCUUUAUGCUCGUCGUCACCGUUAUGAUUCUCUUCAACGAGCGUACCAUUCACCAGAUCCACUUCCACGCCGCUACUAGUCAUUCUCAAAUUCUCCCUCAAGCUUCUUCCACUUUCAAUUUCGUCAAGCCUAAUCUUCCUGCUAAUAUCAACUUGGGAGCUCCUCUUGAGGUUUUGGAUAGAUUCAGCAGAUGCAACUCCACGAAAAAGUACAGUGAGAAGAACAUCAGAUUGGUUGACCCUUAUGAAGAAGAAGAAGAAGAAGAAGACUCUUCUGGUCAUCAUGGACCAAAGGAGGAUCAAUGUGAUGUCUUCUCUGGGAAAUGGGUCUUUGAUAAUUCAUCCUACCCUUUGCACAAAGAAUCUGACUGCCCUUACAUGUCUGACCAGUUGGCUUGUCAGAAGCACGGCCGGAAGGAUUUGGAUUAUCAGCAUUGGAGAUGGCAACCUCAUUCCUGCAACUUGAACAGAUGGAAUGUGACAGACAUGUGGGAGAAGCUGAGGGGAAAGAGAUUGAUGUUUGUUGGAGACUCAUUAAACAGAGGCCAAUGGAUAUCAAUGGUUUGUCUCUUACAGUCUGUAAUUCCACGUGACAAGCAGUCUAUGUCUCCUAACGCUCACCUCACCAUUUUCAGGGCAGAGGACUACAAUGCCACGGUGGAAUUUCUCUGGGCUCCUUUGCUGGUGGAAUCGAAUUCUGAUGACCCUGUUAACCAUAGGUUGGACGAACGCAUUAUACGACCUGAUUCGGUUCUUAAGCAUGCAUCAAAGUGGCAACAUGCUGAUAUCUUAAUCUUCAACACCUACUUAUGGUGGAGGCAAGACCCUGUCAAGAUCCGAUGGAGCAGCGAAGAAAAAGGGUCAUGCGAGGAGGUGAAAGGAGCAGAGGGAAUGGAGAUGGCGAUGAAUGCUUGGGCUGAUUGGAUUGCUAACAAUGUCGAUCCAAAGAAAAAGCGGGUUUUCUUUGUCACAAUGUCUCCUACGCAUCAAUGGAGCCGAGAGUGGAACCCGGGAAGCGAAGGAAACUGCUACGGGGAGAAGAAACCGAUAGAGGAAGAGAGCUAUUGGGGAAGUGGGUCAGACAUUCAGACAAUGAGGAUGGUGAAGAGAGUGUUGGAGAGACUGGGACCAAAGGUUUCAGUUAUAAACAUCACUCAGUUGUCUGAGUAUCGUAAAGAUGGUCAUCCAUCGGUGUACCGGAAAUUCUGGGAACCUUUAACAAAAGACCGGUUGAAUAAACCGGCAUCGUAUUCAGAUUGUACCCAUUGGUGUGUACCUGGAGUUCCUGAUGUCUGGAAUCAAUUGCUUUACCAUUUUUUGUGA